AUAUUUAAGCAUUUCACAUGAGUUGAUGAUGAUGAUGGGCCUCUCUGUGAGCUCUCGUUGGCUGUGUAUCACACUGACCGUUAACGUUUACAAGUAUUUGUUCACAUUUUGGUUCCUGCUUUGUUAAACAGUAGAAACAAUCCUCGGGAUAGACUGUAUUAACAAUGGGAUGUUACUAACGACCUGAUGUUACUGUUGUUAGUAUGGGAGGACUUACUGUGGGGAAGAGAGAACACUACACAACUAUAUACUGCAGUGUUAAUACUUUAGCUUUGAAAAAGAUGCCUUUUCAUUUCCAUUCUAUAAACUUAAGUUUUUAUUUUGUUUAGAUUUUUUUUGAGGUAUCCAAUAAUCACAUCUGUGUGUUCCACUGGAGCUCUUUUUUAAAACAACACUUUUCUACAGCAGGUCCCCAAACUACACAUAAAUGGGACCCUAAAGAACUGCACAAGCUGCAUUGAAUGAGAAUAUUGGUUUGGUUUAUCCGUUGGACAUCCUUGGUGGACUAGUAGGCCUCUUUGCCAACUGUACAAAUCCAGGUGGGCACUGUUUUACAGUGUAGAAAUGUCAGAGGCUAUAUUUAUGACUUGUUUGGAGCUGUGAAUAUUACACAAUUUUAUGGGCUGUUGUUUUAGAUUGUGUGUUCCAAGGUUGACAUGAUUGUAUUGAUAUUUAUUAACCUGUGCAAAUUGUAUCAUAUGUAAAGAAAGUGAAUCCUAAUUUUUAAAACUACUCUGUCGACAAACGACUUGUAAUGUAAAUGCUUCAUGUAGCUAAAAUUCAUAGGGGUGUUGGAUGUAUGCUGAAGACGGCAAUAAACGAUGCAGUUCUUUUACGUGUUUGUCCUCUAAAAUCAAACUUUUUAAUUGAAUGUCUUAUAGUUAUGAGCAAGAGAUUAUUAUUUUUAAACCUUUCAUUCCACCUUAGCCAGCCUGAGAUGUUACUGUGACUUUUUCUCUGCUUUCAUUACAAGCCCAGGCUUAAUAAAGGAUUAGCGGAGGCUUUCUACCGAGAACACAAAGUACAGUAGCAGAAAGGAAUUAAUUCCUAAAUGCAAAUAGGCAGGCUAUAUAAUGUGGUGGGACUGCAUAGAUUUAAAGAAGUAGUAGAAUACUGUUCAUAUGGUAUUAUCUGUGCUUUUCCUGUAUAUUUUGAAACGCAUUUAACUUCAAUCUUAACUUCUACCUGCCUUUUAACUUGCCAAAGAAGCUGUAGCGGGCACUGUGAUGGAACCCAGGCAUCUUAAAAUUACCUGAUAUUUUAUUGCUGCGCUUCCAUGAAAUUGGGGGACUUGCAUGAGGGAGAAUAAAGAGGGUGGGGGCUGAAAUGUAAUCUUCUCAGCAGAGGUGGGGAAAAUAGAUUUUUAGUGCCUUGGUGUCAGACAUCAAAAACCCAGAAUUGUACAUUUAAUACGUUUGAUGCCCCCUGCCUGUUGAAUGGUCCUGUCAUCUGUGAAAAAUUAAAUUUCUCAAGCAAAAGCCAAGAUAAAUCCUACAACAUUAUUAAGACUCCCCGUCUGAUAAUUCUUGUAGCCACCGAGGAUAGUUUCUCCUCCGUAACCGAUAACGACAGCAGGUUCUUUAAGUAAAGCAAACGGAAUGUGGGGAAAAUGUUUUUAACAUUAAAUAAUCUUGUGGACUCGUAAAUAGCAGGUCAGUUAACAAAAUAAAGCGCAUGCUUUCUGAAAACAUUCUGACGUAGACUUUCUAAACGCUACUCGUGCACUUAUUUUGAAAGAGUGUCAACGGAGGGGCAAACUUCCGGCCCGUUUUUCUUUUUUUCUUUUAUUGACCGAGAAGUUGACCCACCAGCAGGUUUUUUUUUUUCCGUGUAGGUGGAGAAGCUGAAGAUUUAGAAAUGAUUUCCUCAAGCUUCAGGGACUGCCAGGCAUGGAGGGCGGAGGGGCUUACAUUGUCCACCAGCAGUAAUGAGGCUUGUAAAAUGUAUGACGCCAUACUCACGCAGUACGUGAAGUGGAGGAACGAUGACAGCUUGGGAGGAAUUGAAGGAUGCAUUUCUGCUGUCCAGGCAGCUGACCCAAAUUUUGUUAUGGGGCAUGUGAUAAGUACAGGCCUGGAGCUAGUGGCAACAACAAGCUCCACCAGGCUGGAUGAGCGUCUGUCAAGUGCUGUGAGGAGGACGGUGGAACUUGCCAACAGCCAGGACAUCACUUCCAGAGAGAGACUCCAUGUCAAAGCCAUGGAGCUCUUCUCACACGGAAAUUUUCCGAAAGCCUGUGAGGCAUGGGAAGAUAUUCUGCUAGACCACCCAACUGAUAUGUUGGCCCUCAAGUUUGCACAUGAUGCUUAUUUCUACAUGGGAGCCCAAAUGCAAAUGAGGGACUCAGUGGCCAGGGUGCUUCCCCACUGGAAACCACACAUGCCUUUGUCCAGCUACCUGAAUGGACUAUAUUCCUUUGGUCUCCUGGAAACUCGUUUCUAUGACCAGGCUGAGAAAGUAGCCAUGGAGGGGCUCGCUCUAACUCCCGACGAUGCUUGGUCAGUCCACUCUGUAGCCCAUGUUUGUGAGAUGAAGGCAGAGUUGGACAAAGGCUUGAAGUUCAUGGAAAGUAGAGAGAAAGACUGGGAGGUAACUGACAUGCUGGCCAGUCAUAACUAUUGGCACUGGGCUCUAUUUUUCAUCGAGAAGAGGCAACACGAAGCUGCUCUGCAAAUAUACGACACUCAGGUUUUCAGGCGUUGCAAGGCCUCGGGAGCCAUGUUGGACAUUGUAGAUGCCUGCUCAUUACUUUACAGAUUGGAAAUGGACGGAGUGUGUGUGAAGGAGCGUUGGCAGGAGCUGCUCCAAGUAACUCGGCCUCACACUGACGAUCAUGUGACCUUGUUUAAUGACCUUCACUUCCUUAUGGUGUCGCUGGGAGCUAAAGAGACUGGGACUAGUCGGCGUCUGCUGGAGGGCCUUCAGGAAUUGGCGAAGGAGCCAGGAGACAAUCAGCAGCAUCAGCUGGCCGGGACUAUAGGGAUACCAAUGUGCCAGGCUAUGCUGGAGUACAACCAGGGUAACUACGGUCAAACUGUGGAGCUACUAUACCCUUUACGCUAUCGCAUGGUAGACAUAGGUGGCAGUGAUGCACAGAGGGAUCUGUUUAAUCAGCUGCUUAUUCAUGCUGCGAUGAAAUCGGAGAAUAAGCACCACCAGAAGCUGGGAAGAUGUCUUCUGGCAGAGCGCGAUGCCGUGAGGCCAAACUCCCCUCUGACCCAUCGUCUGAUGCAGAAAGCUCUUGCACUUCAGGACUAGAGGUGCACAAACCAGUUCCCAUACAAAAAAAACAACCAUUGUGGGUUUAAAAGAUUUAACUAUCAAGAGCUUGGAGUGUUAAGAGAGUGGAAACCUUUCAUGCAAAUCUCAUUGUAGUUCGCAUUGAAGUUCUUUCUUACUAUAGACUCCAAGUAUUCAAUAAUUAAUACACAGCUGUAAGCUAGUUUGACAUGAAAAAAUAUGUAAAAUUGAAUUAUUCAAAUUUCUGCAAUAACUUAUGUGCAAAAAAAUUUAAUUUUAUUCAUUCCAAAAAUUGUUAAUUUUAUUCCCCAAAUAAUUGUAUUUCCAUUUUUCUAAUGAAAGCUUUUAUUACUUAUAUUACAUGACAGUGGUGGCGCUGUGCACUCUGAAGCUAGACUGAAAACAAUGUUAUUUUAAAUGAACCUUCUCUCACUUUCUGUAUUUAAACAAAUAAACUAACAUUUGCUUUUAUAAAUAUUCUAUAUUGAUUGUUUAGCUCAUCAGAGCUUUAAAUGAUGAUUAAUAUUACUGCCACUGGAUCUUGACUUGUGAUGCUCAGCAAUAAACACCCCCCCCCCCAAACCCUGUUUAGCUGGUUUAAUGCUGUUGUACAUUUUAUAAACCGUCUUAAGUCCUUUCAUUUAUUUAGUUACUGUACAGCUUGGUAUGGUUUUUUACAUUGUUGUAAAAAGAUUUCCACUGGGCUAAAUUGAGUAGCAGCUGUUGAACUGGUGCUACAAGGCUGAACCCCGACUGAAAGGUGGGAAUGUGGUGAUAAUGCUGCUGAAAUAUAUAAAAAUGUGAGAUUUAAAGAAAGAGAAAAAUGUUUUUUUUGGGGAAAAAUAGCAUUUUGAAAUUUCAAAUACCUAAAAUGUUAUAUUGAAAUUGAUGUAACAUUUUAAAAUGAGCUUCCUUUGAUUAAAAAAAAAUCAAAAAUGUAACAUUUAUUUCUUUGAUUAGAGUUUAAAAAUAACUGAUUUAAUACUAAACACUUUGAUCUAUAUGUAUGUAUCUAUAUCCAUGUAUGUAACAUCAGCAAUAGCCUGACAAUGUCUAUGAUAAAUGGUGUUGAAGAAAUAAUAUACAAAAACCAAUCUUUGGACUUUGAGCAAAAUAAAUUCGUCACAGUUGUGACUUAUGAAACACUUGAAGUGUGUGGUGGUGCGCUAUAAAAACAGCUACGAGGACAAUGCUUUACCCACAUUCUGCUCUCUGUCUCUCAUGGACAGCUGAGGGUCUGUAUCUGUUUGACCAACACAGGGUUGCAGAACAGAUGGCCCACAGUGGCGAGUACGUACACUGCAUAUUGGCUGCAUUCGCACAAAAUCCAGUGUGACACCUUCUUGCCUGGUUGUGUGGAGGUGUGGCUACGCCUACCUUGACUUUAGGAUCAGAAAUUGUUUGAUUUACUACUUCACUCUUUCUUUCCCGUUAGCUGAGUGAGGGAGGCGAGCAGUGUGUGAAUGUUGUGUUUCCAGACCUUUAAAACACGACACAUAAUGACUUGCUUUAUGUGAGCUGAUGUUCAUCGAUAAACAGUAACAUAAAAUAAUAAAUGCAUAUGUUUUAACUCAAUUCUAUAAGCAAACUUUUCACAUUUAAAGAGAUGAAAUCUUGACGUCAAUGUUCAAAACCGGUUAAUAAUAUAUACACUUGGCAUAUAAUUGACUGUAAAUAAUACAUUAAAGUGCAUCACACUUGUAUACCUGUAGGCAACCACAUGUUAAGAAUAUCACAUGCCCGGAUAUUGCAGUAGUAGCUGUAGAAAAGAUGUCCUUGAACAUGUCAGAGAAGCUGAGUGGAGUACUGCAAGUUCCUUUCUUUCGUUUUCUUCCCCUCUGUCGUAGUACUCUCACAACACUGAGGUAAUCUCAUCUUGAAUCUGAGAGAUCAGGAUCUGGGACAGCACAAUUCCUGCAAUCUAGAGGACAACAGCAGCCACUUCAGAUCACAGAAGAGGCUCUCUGUAACUGUACGUUCUGUACCGAGCAUCUCAAGGUCCCUUAGCAGGGUGCUGCAAUGUGGCGCUGGGAAGAAAGGUUCCCAAAUUAGUUGAGACUGACUCAAACGAGUCACUUAAAAUAAUUGCGUACUCACAUUUGCACGCACCUGUCAAGCCGAUCAUAAGGUGUUCUUACAGAGAGGAACCAAACCAUUGGGUUGCAAACACAGCUUUUAAACAGCAGUCUAUAAUUAACACUGUGGCUUGUUAUGCAGACAAAGUAAGUGUCAGUAAGUGUUUUGAGAGGAUAUGCAAGACUUAAAAGAGAACUUCAUCAGAUUUACGGCACAUCAAAGCAUUAGAAAACUAAUGCAAUUGCUCUGUCGGGCCUUGUGGGUAAUUUGUGCUUCUCUUCAGAUUCACUGCAGAGCCUAGCGUACAGAUGAGAAUGAGACAAAUCAGUUUAAACAUCCUGUGCUAAAGCUACACCUUCUGCUAGAUUGCCAUUUAAUAUUAGCUGAAACAUUUUAAUAAGUAAACGGAGUAAUUAUUUAGAGGCAGCUCGUUAUAAGUGCUAAUUUGAUUUCAUGUUUGCCUAAUGUGUAUUGAAUGGUUUUAUUUAGUUAUCAAGGCGUGUUUUCAGCAUCAUUGGUAGAGGGGCAAAACAAAAUCAUCCCCGUAACACAUCCUGUCAGCAUUUUGUAAUUUAGGUGGUGUUGGUGUGAAUACAUUUCUCUUGACCCAUUUGUUCAGGCUUUAAAAAAUGUAGUUCAUGAUGGGAAAUUUUAGCAGGUAAGUAGUAUAAAGAACUGCCAUUGCAAUAGAAGGCGUCAGCAUAGAUGUUUGGUACAUAUUUAUGGGACAACAUGGGAGGGAUUUAGAAGAGGAAGAAGAGCUUCAAGAGGAGGCCUGUCUAUUUUCAGAUUCUGGCAUUUCAGAUUCUCUAGAUUUCCGUCUGCUGCAGCUGAAAUGCUGGGGGAUCGUGGUGCGUUGCACAGUGAGAAUCAGGGAGUCGUCAGCAUCUCUUAGACAUAUUACAUUAUCACACACACCCCUCUACCUCUGUUGCACAUUAACCUGUACUCAUUCUAGGAUAGUGUAAUAAAUGAAUAAUGUGCAGUUAAAAUUUUAUUGUCCCAAUGUGCCUAGUUAUUGCUGUCUAGGUAGAACACACCAUUCCAAGUCCCUUGAAGCACAGUGGCCUCACAUUAACCCUACUCCUUAUUGGUUUCCUCUAGAAUCCAAGUUUUAUCCUUUUUUUAAAAAAUUUAUUUAUUUAUUUUUUUACAAGGACGAUAUUGAACUUGUAAAAAAGGCCGUGGGAAGCUCUCAGAUUGAGAUUUGUAUGAGAGUAUAAAGUCUGCAUGGCUCUGAUUGCUGAAGUCAAGCUUGGACUGUUUUCGCAGCAACAUCCAAAAACGCCAGUUUGAAGUUUGCCUUUGAGGGAGCGUCUCCAGUCAAUAUGUUGAUUGCUACACACUGAAUCCAGCAAACUUUCAUUAAUAGUUAUAUUGGCUUGUUUGUUUGUAGUCUUAUUCAAGAUGAAACUAGUCCUUUUGGCAAGUUACUAGUCCUGUGUUGCCUAAUUACUACACUGGGUUACCUGAGGCAAGGCCAGACCCAAGGCGAGAGCUCCCACCAGCAGCAGAUGAGACUCGAUCCACAUCACUGCCUUGUCUGCACAGCCUACUGGGUAGAUCGACUUGUUUGCCUCCAUGAAGUUUUGCGUUUGAACUCCAAAACCGCACAUAGUGUUGAUCACUGCCUGUAAGCCAGAUGAACAAAAGCAAAGACAGACGAAACCCUGAGUGCAUGAUACAUUGAUAAGCACAUAAACCUAAAGCACUCUAAAUACGUUCAGAUGUCGCUUUCAUGCUGCUGGUUUCACAUUGCUUGUUUUUACUUUGAAUUGAAAGUAAAUUGGAAAUAAUGAAAGAGUGACGUUUGUUGAGAGGAAAGAAAAUAAUGUGAGCAGUACAAGCAAAACCCACUGGCUCUGAAAAGAAAAGCUACCUAAUCCCUGAGGGAACCAUGCAGUUACAGGGUACUACCAGCAGGUCGCAGCACAGCAGCAGCUCUCAAACUGUUUAAUUAAUCGUUUUUAGUUGGUUUUAAUGUUAUUUUAUUUUUACCCCAUGUUGUAAAAUGUUGCUGUGAUCUGUUUUCAGAGUUGCAUGAUGUUUAAUCAAUAGUGUGAUAGAUGUUUUUUCCUCGGUGGUGGUUUUCAAGCUGUGCUGCUGCGUCUGUACAGAGAUUUUUUUGCGUGUAUUUGUGAAUCCAAAGUUUGUGCUCAUGCAGACAUUUACAUAUAUGCUGUUUGUAUGACAGCAUGGAUCCUCAUGCACGCAGAUAGCUGUAGUGUUGAUUCAGUAGUCUCAAAAUAUCAUAAAACCUUCAUGAAAGAAGACUUUGAUUUGGAAUCAUCUGUGCAAAUUUACUGUAAGGUUGAUCAUAUCGGAAUAUGUUAAACAUGUUUGUUUUUCUUUUUUCUUUAAGAUGGAAAUUGCCUGGCAGUGACUCAUUCAGGUACUCAACCAAUCAAUUUGCAGAUUCCUUUUAAGAGAAACUGGUUGGCCAUUAUGAGACCAGUUCUGUGCAUGACAGCUAAUCCUAAAGGAAAGGAAGGCAAUACCAAAAACUGCUUUUACAAGCAGAUGCAGACAUGUUCUUGCCACCUCCCGACUGAGAGCCUCUUAGUUUGGACACACUUGCGUACAUGUCAAAACAACGCAGGUUGUCACAGUCAGGCAGUGCUGGCUAUAAUUCAGCAUCCACAGACCAUUAGCUAAAGUAUCGGGUAUAUUUUAUAGAUGAUUUCAAAUUUUCUUUGGGUCUCUCUUAAUGCCAGCUUGUCAGUGGAAAGUCUUGAAUCCCCAUCAUCAGCUGACAGUCUCACUUCUGUUGGAUAAGACAGUCUGAUGUCUUAACAGAGAAGCCUCACUUCUAAUCGAAUGAAACUGUCUGGAGACUCCAGGGACCCGUGGAAGUCCUAUUCUCCAAGUUUAGAAGAAAUAGAAUAGCCUUUAUUGUCAUUGUACAGAGUACAACGAAAUUGGAGUGCCACUCCCUUGGUGCAAGAUAAAUAAUAAAUAUAAAUGUAAAAUAUAAAAAGUACAAUAAAAUAAUCGCAAGUACUCAAACAAUAGUAAGUACGAUAUAUGCAGGAUAGCAGCAUUGAUAUAAUGGCAGUGACAGUAUGGUAUAGCUAA